AUGUUCGAUGAGUUAAUUGAACGAACCCUGUGCUGUUUUAAUAAACUUGGACCUAACAAAGAGAAGGUAAAUGAUAGCAAACCGGGUGUGCAAAAAAUGUCGUUUAGAACCGGUCAGUUGGUUCCAUUGGAUAUUGCUGAAUUGGACAGAAUUCAAGUGGAUGCAGCAUUUCCUCGUUUUGUCGUAAGCACUUUUUCAAUUUUCUUGUCUUUAACAUUUUUGUGCUAA